GCUGCGAGGGACAAUAGUCAAGUAAGAUUGUGCACGAAACGCGGCGGAUUGAAGCGAGAGUUGCAGUAAAAUGUCUAAGUCCGAGGUUCUGAGAGGUUUUGUUACCGAGAGACUCGCCGCCGCCUCCCAGGAAAUCUUAGCGGCCGUGGACGGACUCGUAGCCGGGUACGAGGAGGAGGCGUCGGGCCUCAGACAGGAGAUCGACCGGCAGAGGAGACUACUGGAGGUUGUCCUGCAGCCUCGGGUCAUACUCAACAAAGCCGGUGUGAAGUGCAGCAGGAGACUCCGCCAUGAUGAAGAGGAUAACGAAGAUGAGUACGACAAGAAUCUGGAUAUGAAUAACAGAACUCCAUCAAGGUCUUUUUCCUCCAGAGGUCAGUAUUUGCAGAGGAAGCAAAGCGGACCUCAGAUCAGUGAAACUCAGAACCACGUGGACCUCAGGAUCCGAUUCCAGGAGAACCCACAGACCGAAGUACCUUCAAAAAAAGAUGUUCAGUAUCUGUUCCUGAUUAAAGAAGAGGUUCCCCUUGAGUUGAGCCCUCGUCUGGAUCAGGAGGAACCAGCGAACCCACCUCUUAAAGAGGAACAGGAGGAACUCCGGACCAGUCAGGAGGGAGAACAGCUUCAAAGGUUGGAGGAGGCUGAUGAUGCCAAGGUCCCACUCACUCCUGUCCAUGUGAAGAAUGAAGAUGAUGAGGAGAAACCUCAGUCUUCACAGCCUCAUCGAAGCCGAACUGAAGAGAGCAGAGAGGCAGAGCCUCCGUCCAGCAGCUCAGCUCAGCAGAUGGAAACAGAGGCUGAUGGAGAGGACUGUGGAGGAUCUGAACCAGACAGGAACUUAGAUCCACAUGGUCAUCUUCAACCAGACACAGAUGAAGAGGCCACAGAGUCCUCCGAGACUGAAGACAGUGACAUUGAUUGGAAGGAAACCAGAGCAACCUUUAAGAGACAGACGAAUCUUAGGUGGCACAUGAACGCCCAUACAGGAGAGAAACCAUUGGUUUCUGAUGUUUGUGGGAAAGAUUCCUACCGACAGCAUCAUGUCACAGCGGACGUGAAAGUCCAUACAGGAGAGAAACCAUUUGGUUGCAGUGUUUGUGGGAAGAGAUAUAAUGCGAAGAGGAAUCUUAAUAGGCACAUAAAACUUCAUACAGGAGAGAAACCAUUUGGUUGUGAUGUUUGUGGGACGAGAUUUAAGGAAAAGACAACCCUUACGAGGCACAUGCAAGUUCAUACAGGAGAGAAACCAUUUGGUUGUGAUGUUUGUGGGAAGAGAUUUAAUGCGGAGAGAAAUUUUACGAGGCACAUGAAAGUUCAUACAGGAGGGAAACCAUUCAGUUGCAGUCUUUGUGGGAAAAGAUAUACGCGACAGGGUAAACUUACGUUUCACCAGAUAGUCCAUACAGGAGAGAAACCAUUUGGUUGUGAUAUUUGUGGGAAAACAUUUCACCGGCCGGAUAAUCUUAAGCUGCACCAGAGAGUCCAUACAGGAGAGAAACCAUUUGGUUGUGAUGUUUGUGGGAAAAGAUUUAACCGACAGCAACAUUUUAAGAUACACAUGACAGUACAUACAGGACAGAAACCAUUCAGUUGCAGUCUUUGUGGGAAAACAUAUACGCGACAGGGCAAACUUACGUUGCACCAGAGAGUCCAUACAGGAGAGAAACCAUUUGGUUGAGAUGUUUGUGGGAAAAGAUUUCAUAGACAGUGGCUUUUUAAGGUUCACAUGAGAGUUCAUUGCAAUUGCGAAUUGCAGUAUUUGUGGUGAACAAUUUAUGUAUCGUUCAACCAGCGUUAACCAUAUGAAGACAUGUAAACACAAGUAUGUUACUGAGGGCAGCAGCAGUAACUGAAGCUUCAUAGUUGCUGGUUGAAAUGAACUGGAAGACCUCAUCACAGCAUCAUUGAAAUGCAGAGCACAGGUAACAUUCACCGGUGAAAUUUGUAUGGAAGUGUAUCACAAGUUAACGGUAUUGUUUUAUGUCAUUCUUACAUGUUUGUAUUUUUCUUUUAUUGUUUAACUGGGUUUCAUUAUUGCUCAUAUCUAUCUGUAUACUAAAUUAUUUUGUCAUUGUGACAGUUUGAGUUUAUGUAUUUUUGUUUGAGAAAUAAAUUCAGACUUAAUUUAUUUCAGUUACUGAUGAAACAAGUUGUAACUGUACAAUAUUGUUGUAUUGCUUUGAGACUUUGGGUGAUGGCUGGAUGUUGAAGUGCUUUCCCAAUCAAGGGGAGAAGAUUUUUUACAUUUAGUUGAUGAUUUAAAUGUAGUACUUGUAAUCAUUUUUACAUUGUGGUACUAUUACUUUUAAUAAAAUAAAAAAUACUU